AUGGAUAAGAAGAUAGUGCGCAAAGGGCCGCUGCCUGGGGGUCGCUGGGGCGCGUCUGGAGCUGGCGCUGGACGCGGCAGCAUGCGGGCCGCCAGCCGAGCGCGAGGAGCUGCACGGUCACCUAGCAGCCCUCCGCAUUCAUCAUCCCCACCAGAAGGCUUGGUGUCGGCUGGGUCUUCUCGGACUCAGCAAGCGGCACCCGCCGCUGGUGGAGCACGUCGCAUGUGUUGGUCACAAGCAAUGAAUGCAAACGCACUGUGGGCGUAUUUUAGGGCAAAAGGGGAAGAAACUGGAUGUUUGGCGUAUCGGGCUAGGAUGCAUCGUCUUUUUGCUGAGCUGGAGCCAUCUUUAACCGUCACAGAGCAAAACCUGGCAGACCGUGUUCGGUAUAUCUUGCGCUCAAAUAUAUUUGAUGUCGCCGAACUCGAACGGCUACGACGUGAGGCUGUUCCCUCGUCGGAUGAGAAUGCUACGGCUGAGGAUGCGGCGCCACAAAUGUUAGAGCAACCCGCAAACGUGGAUGCCGCCGUGAAUACCCCAGUUGUGGUUGAUUCAAACGAUGAUGGAACAGUCGCCCAGAAACUGGAAUUAGAGCAUAUGAGGAGUACAUUGGAAGAGGCGAUUGUGGAAACGCGCAGUACGCCUCUCGAAAAUCGACCGCGACUUUCGCGCAUAGCCCUAAGCAAGCGGAAUCGGGCUGUCGUGAGGGCUCUGAACCCAAUGCUGGUGACCUAUUUGGAAGCCAGCCGGGACCUAUGCGAGACGGACUCAAUUCUUUUUGGCGCCGCGCUGGCAGUCUGCCGUAUCAUAGGCGCCAAGGUUUCCACGGCUGGACGCGCUACUGGCCAUAGUAGCGCUAUCCCAGCAUGA